CCGGUCCCAUGGGCCGUAGCCCGCGGCGGUAAGAACCACCUGCCGCAUACGUCGGUGGGGGCAAGCUGUUCUCGCGUUAUACCUUUUCCAACCACCGCUAACGCAACGGCUUCACCCUCUUUUCAGCCUCGUCUUCAUCGCGCCCGAUCUACCUCCGUUUCCCUUUAUCCUUUCUUCGUCCGUCCUCGUCUCCGUCUUUCGCGCCAGUUUCUUCCUCCGUCCUCGUCGAGUUUACACGUCGGUCGGUCUUCCAACCGCUGCCACCUUCGCAACCACUACCAUCGUAACCCUCGUCAGUGUAUAGUGCCUUCGUGGAGUGUGCAUCGCCGACCGGUUGCACGACGUACGCUGCGCUACGCGCACCAAACCAUGCCCUGGUGGGAGACGCGUUGGAACAGGGGGGAAGCCGACGGUGGGGGGUAGCACCGAUGCUACGGCGACCCCAAGCUCAGUCGUCGCGCGACCCUCGUCGAGUGUGUUUGCGUUAACGUUCGCCCGAUUGGCUGCGAUUUUUUUCAACGCUGCACACGGAUACCAAGUGUUCCUAUACACCGUAGCAAAGAUUUUAAAAAAUCUAAGGACGCGUUCACUGGUCGAAUCUCGAGUUGCCAUAAACGCGUCAAUUACAUUUUCCCUGUUUUAUUUUCGUCCCGUUUCACCCCGUUUUCUCGCGCGUCCCUCCGCUAUUUUUGCGCCCGCAACGGUGAUCGAGAACCCUGGAGGGAAAGUGAAGUACGAGGGAGAGAGAGGAAAAGGAUGAGAAGGAAUCGAGGAGGAUAAGCACACCUGGUUACUCGAAAGUGGUUCGAGCUACGUGCCAACGGAACAAAGGAGUGCCUUCGGCUGCAACGUGGCGUUUUGAAAUCGCGCGCAAACCUCCGUUUUCGGUUUUCCUGCGAGCGGAUGCCCCGCGAUGGGAAUCGGCGUGCGAGCGUAUACGCUUGAGAAAUACAGCCGUAGCCGGUGAGAAACUCCGAGGACAGCUUUCUGCCGAGUCCCGAGGCGAUGGGACGCUCCUUUGAGCCAGUGGAUCGUGAAACGUAUCGCGUGGGCCUUCCACCAGGUAGUCGCGUAUUUUAAUCGAGACCUUUUCGACGAGGAAGACGAGGUCGACCGAGAGGAAUCGCGACCGAUGAAGCUUUCUAUUUUCGUUUCAUCGAGUUCAGAUAGACUCAGUGUGUCGGGUAGGUGUGACAGCAGUGGCGUUACCAACGGUGUCGCGUGUUGCAAUGUGUCGCAUAGUGCGUCAGCUAGCGUGAUCGAGGAGAUCGAUGCGAUCAUCGAUGCCGCGUGUGGCUGGCAAAGUCGUUGUUCGUCGCGCGGCGUCGUCGUCGUCGUUGCUCGGUGAAAGUCGCCGCAACGCGGAACUCUGUCCUCCAGCUCGAAUGGAGCGGCGCAAUUUGCGUCUCUCGUUAUUCGGUUCCACUCGAACCGCUCGUGGAAUUCGUUUUGCCGAUAGAAUGGAUACCAGCCGGCGAGCCGCGGCGAUUAUCGCCGUUACGCUCCUGCUACUGCAUCCCGCGGCGGCACAGGGACGCAUGGAGGACACACAGAUGGACACGCACGAGGGGUCCACCGUGCAGCUGCAGUGCCGUUUCCCAGCGCCCCGUGAAAACGUGACCUGUUUCUGGUUGACGCACACCAACGACAACCACGACAACGCGGCCAUCGACAACCUCUCGUUAUCGCCGCAGUACAAAGUGUUCAUGAACCUCGAGGAAGGCCGAUACGACCUUCAGAUACGCAACGUUUCGUACGAGCGUGACAACGGCAAGUACGAGUGCAAGGUGAAAGCGGGCGGUACCGGGCACGAUUUCCACCGGAAGUACAUCACGCUUACCGUGUUGAGGGCGCCGGGACAACCGACAAUCUCGCCGAGCUUCGCGACCGCCACCGAGGGACAGAAGCUCGAGUUACGGUGCAACACGGAGGGCGGCAGCCCCGAACCGAAUGUCACAUGGUACCGCGGCAACGAAAUCGUGAGCCUCCAUUCCGGCAGAAUUUUAAUGGUAGAACCGAAAAAAGAGGACGACCAGGCGACGUUCCGUUGCGAAGUGUGGAACAGAGCCAUGAGCAAGGGAGAAACGUUAAGCGCGAACGUGACCCUCGACGUGAAUUACUUCCCGCGGGUCAAAGUUGGACCGGAGAAUCCUUUGAAGGUGGAGGUGAACGGAACCGCGGAUCUCAAGUGCGACGUCGACUCGAAACCCGUCGUGACGAACGUGCGAUGGUUGCGAGACGGCAGCUUCGUGGCUACCACUUUUCAGCAUACCAUACGAAGAGUUACCGUGCAGGAUGCUGGCAAGUAUACCUGCCAGGCGGACAACAAAUUGGACAGGAAGGGCGAGAGUUCCCUACUGCUAGACGUUCUUUACCCACCGACCGUGUCCAUAGAAGGCGAUCCUGUGAGGAUCGCGGAGGUCGAAGACACGAUCACCGUGCACUGCAACGUGACUGCGAAUCCGCCGCCGUCGGUGAUCGAAUGGUCGCGUGAAGGCCGACCGGAUUUUCGACAGAUCGGCUCGAUCCUUCGGCUGAUCCGCGUCACCGCCGAUCACGCCGGAAAUUAUACCUGUGGCGCAAUGAAUACGAUACAUCCGUCGGGCGGUAAGAGCAGAAACUACUCCGCGUCUGCUCGUUUGACCGUUCGCGUCAGGUACAAGCCAGGCCCAGCGAGAGUCACUCCGGAUUCACCGGUCGCCGUCGAAGGAACCAAAGUGAUCCUCACUUGCACGGCGAGUCCGCCAGGAUAUCCAGAGCCUAGGUAUAAAUGGUGGAAGGAGGGCGAGUCCGGGAUCAUUUCCAUGUCGUCGGAGAACACUGGUCCCAGGUACGAGAUCGACUCGGUUCACCUUGGAAGCGAGGGAACUUACAAGUGCCAUGCGACUAACGAAAUCGGUAACGGGGAGGCCGCCUCCGUCAACCUGACGGUUCACCAGCCACCGAAGAUACUCACGAAACUACAGCCGCACGUUGUCAGAAAGGCCGGCGAGUCCUCGUUUCAAGUAUCCUGCGUGGCGCAGGGCAAGCCUCCGCCGAGCAUUCGAUGGCUGAAGGACGAUCAAGAGUUGACCGCCGACGAGAGGCUGUACAAGGUGACUACCACCGCGACGGAGGGUCACGGGAACGUGAUCACGGUGAACUCGACGCUGAGGUUCCUGGGGCACGCGCGGCCGCAGACCGACAAGAUCGUCGCCAGCGAUCGCGGCAAAUACACCUGCGUGUCCGUGAACGAGGUCAAGAAGGACGAGUCGACGAUGAUGCUGCAGGUGGAACACGAGCCGAUCGCGCUCCAUCAGCACGGGAAAGUCGCGUACAAUCUGAGGGAGACGGCGGAGGUCGCGUGCAAAGUUCAAGCUUGGCCGAAGCCGGAAUUCCAAUGGAGUUUUGGAAACAACGCGGCUAGGUUGCAAGGCUCAUCCAGCGACGGACACUACGAAAUAUCCACCAGCAGCGACAAUUACGACGUUCACACUUCGGUGCUUAAGAUCACGAAUAUCCGCGAGCUGGAUUACGGAGAUUACAGUUGCAGGGCGACGAACAUGCAAGGGAGCAUUACUUCGACGAUCAGGCUUCAGUCGAAGGGCGCGCCGGACAAACCUAUGAAUGUCACCGCGAUAGACGUGGGUCCCACUCACGUGGCGUUGCUCUGGGAGUUCGGCUUCGACGGAGGACUGCCUAUCACUAAGUACUUCGUCUCGUACAGAAGAGUGCCGGGCGGCGACGAGAUAGUCUCGCCGGAUUGCGCGGUCCCUCGGCCACCCGCGGGCCAAUGGCUCGAGUUAGACUGUCGUCACUCGAAUCCGUGCAACGUGACCAAUCUCGAGCAGCACCAGACUUACGUGUUCAAGGUGAAAGUGUACAAUACGAAGAAUCAUUCGGAUUAUUCGGACGAGGUGACGGCGACAACCGCGGUGGCCAAAAUCCCGGCACCCUUGAGAAUCAGUUACGAUCCCGAGAGCGGAAUGCUCGCCAUUAGCGUCGGCGCUACUUGCUUAUCCUUGGUUGCCUCGAUCGAGAAGUUCGAUGGGCCGCCCUCGUCCACGGACGAUUCGCAGUGGAGGAUCCUCGACGAGUGGCCUCUCGAAGUGCUCGGGAGUGCACCUACUCAGAGGGAAGGUGUCCUCGACGAUCCGGAAACAGUGGACGCAGAACCCAGAGUCAGAGUCAGGCUAUGCCUGAAAGCUGAUCGACAAAAAUGCGGCGACUACGCAGAAGCUGAAAUCGGUCCAUCGCGCAUCGCGCAGUCCGGGGCACUCGCCACGCCGACGUUAAUUGCCCUGGUGGUCAGCGGAGCCGUCUUUUUACUGUUCGCCGCUCUACUGUUGCUCUUUUGUCGGUGUCGUCGGAAGCACGCGACCAAAGCCAAGGACUACGAGAUGGACUCGAACGCGGUUCGACCGAGCCUCGUCGCCGGGAAUGGGCAACAGAGCCAGGCGCCGCCGCCCUACUACGCGGAGAACAAAGCCUUGGAACACAGCUUGGAUCACGCGCUCGCCAUGGAAGACUCGAAAACGCCCGCUUACUCUCAACCCGGUUAUGGAUACCACCAACCGAACCACAAUAUCAAUGGCGUUAACAUGGGUUACAUGGACAACAGCUACUCGAACUCGAACAACGGUGGCUCGGUGAAUUCGCAGGACUCGAUCUGGCAGAUGAAGUCGGCCGCGGCGAACGGCGUCGGCCAGGCUUACGACUUGGCCGGCUACGCAACUACCGAGUCGGAUUACCCGACCCACCCUCAUUACCUUCCGCAGCGGGAGGAUUACCGGGAGAGUCAUAAUCUAAGUCGACAGCAGUUUUGCUCGGAACCAUUCGCCACCGUCGUAAAGUCUCAAAAACACGUCGAUUCGCCGUACGACGUGUCUGGUCUACCGUAUCAGGAGAACUACGACGAGGACGCGAAGCCACCUCAGCAGGUCAGCCUGUCGUACGACGAGAGCCUCGAGUCCGGAUAUUCCACCCCGAGACCGCGGAUCAUCCGCGAAAUAAUCGUUUGAGAUCCAGCUACCGGCUCGCG